GAUUUUUCAAUGUUGUUUAAAGUUUCAAAAUUUUACUACCUCAAUUUUGGAUAUUUCUAUCAUAUUUCAAUGUUGUUUAAUAUUUAAAGUGGGCUUAAAUUGAAUUUAAACAGAUUUGGACCAAUACUUAAAUUGCUUAUAAAUGGGCAGGUUUGAGUUGUCCAGUUGGGUAAUGGGUGUUAUUGGGUGUGGGUGUUGUUGGGUGUGGGCUAAAUAUGGGUGUGGGUGUUUUGAGCCCAGAAAAAAAAACACCCAGUUGGACAUAUCCAUUUGGGUGCGGUCCAACCCAACUGACAGACCUACGGGUGAUACUUCUUUGUCAGGGCUUAAAAAUUUGUACAUUCAAGCCAAAGAGCUCUGUGAAAGUGAAGUCACUGUUUCAAACAUUCGGCUUGCUCAACUGGAUUCCCUGCUUCCAUCAGGGCAACAACGCGGAAAACUAGAAGUGGCAGAAGGCAACGGUCUGAAGAGGAAGAGAAUGAAAGCUGAAUCAGAUGUAACAAGAGUUCCUCCUUCCACUAGAAACCAAAUCGAGGCAUAUGCCAGUCUAAAGGGCGAACAGGUUGCUGCAAGAAUUACAGCAGAUGAUGCCGAGCAGGAUGAAUGGCUUGUGGUGAAAGUAAUUCACUUCGAUAGAGAAACAAAAGAAGUUGAAGUACUUGAUGAAGAAUCAGGAGAUGAUGAAGAGGGAGGUGGCCAGAGGACGUAUAAACUACCAAUGCCAUGCAUUUUACCGUUUCCAAAAAGGAAUGAUCCUUCAACAACACAAGAGUUUCUACCAGGGAAACAUGUAUUAGCUGUAUAUCCAGGAACCACAGCUCUUUACAAAGCGACUGUAGUAAGUACACCACGAAAGAGGAAGUCUGAUGAGUACUUGCUGGAGUUUGAUGACGAUGAAGAAGACGGAGCAUUACCUCAAAGAACAGUGCCUUUCCACAAAGUGGUUACUUUACCAGAAGGUCAUCGCCAGUGAUGUUCAGAUUGGGUGCAUUGAAAUAAGAGACUCUUCAUGUUUGUUUCUUUGAGGCUAAAGCAAGAGUUAAGGGUUUUGAUGUUAUUGCCUUCUUUGUGAUCAAAGAUGAGAUCAAUCUGAAGGAUGAAAAGGUUUGUUUUUUUCUUUCCUAUAUUCAGUUUGAGGGAAAGCUACUCUUGUUUAACGUAAUGUAUGAAUGUGUGUGUAUAUAUAUAUAUAUGGGAAUGUGUGGGUAUUUAUAUCAUGUUGAGGCACAAUUUUGAAUCCAAAUGAAACAAUUUUUUUUGUUGUUUGUGUGAA